AUAUAUAUAUAUUUUAAAUCAAAGCCUACAAUGAGUGCAAUAUUUUUGCUUUAUAUCCACGGAGCUUUGGCAAAAAUAAAUGAAAGAUCAGCUCGCCUUUGUUCGGAUAUCUUUUUAAAUAUUAACAAGUUGUCAUGUCAUUUCUGACUGGAAGAGGAGAGAGAUUUCCUUCCUCGGUCACACACUGGAGGUCAGAAGCGCAGCAUCACUGUGAACCCGACGGCUUUCCUGCAACUAGAAACGGGAAAGACCGCCAACCUAAGGAGCGCCUUACUCCUGAGGGUGCCGGGGGGACCAGAGGCGACCCACAUCGGAAUAUGUGCCAGAGAGCAGACGCUGUCCCGUCAUACAAGUCCCUCCCUGGGACAUUAGGAGAUCGCAUCAGGAGUACUAUGUCCUCUGCAACUGGGACUAUAUGCAGAGGCACCAUGUCGGUGAAUCCAGCCUUUGGGAGAUCUGAUAGGAAAGUUGCGUGUUGUGAGAAGUGCUCAGCGACCCUUGUUGCUCUCAAGAAACAAGCUCUGAGUCUGGCUGUUCACCAUCACUUCUCCUGCAAGGACUCUAGUGACCUGUCUGCAUUUCUUCAUGACAACCUUCGCAUUCAUAGUCGGUCUACCAACGAGUCCAGGGACAGAGAAAGGGAGCAGGGAAUGUGUGGAGGCUGCGGUGUAAACCUGAACCAGCUCAAACAAGAGGCCAUCCACUUGGCUCUUAGUAGGGGUCAGUCAUUAGCUAAGCCCCCCUUUGAAACCAGCUUUAGCACUGGUACACUGCUGGGACAAAGUGGGACAAAGCACGGAGACAGAGCUCCAAAGGAAGUUGCCAUGGCUGUGUAUGAACCACACAGUCGCACCCAAAGUCCGCACAGCCCAAGAAGCCCAAGGACGCCUCAGAGGACCCCUCAAACCCUCAGACGGAGGGGACCCAAGCUCCCCAAUCCCGAUAUGGGCCGCUGGGUAGAGGAGCAGCAGCAGCUGGUUGCCUCUAAAUCUGUGUCCAGCACUGAUUGUCUCACCAUCUACCCUCAACGUCAGACCGCAGAUGAUGCAGCACUGGGCCGUGGUGACACUGGGAUUGUACAAACUAGCUCAAAGAUCCCCCACAUAUCCAGAGUGGUGACCAUCGCCAACACCGCUGCCAUGUCUCUUUUAGCCAGGGCGGCCGAGAAGCUCAAUCUGACAUUGAGGAAAAAAGGCCAGGCCUCUGAUCCAGCUCCUGCUCAUCUCUCCACCUGCUUCAGGGAGCUGAUCCAGAAAAACCCACCACCCGUCCCCUCCUGCCUGCUCCAAGCUGCCACUAGAACCAAAGACUCACCCAGCGUUGGCAAGGUCAAAGUCGUGCUGAGGGUGAGCCCGAUGCUGUCAGAGGGCCAAGGACAACCACCUGUUCUCUGGAUUGACCAGUCCAAGAAAAGAGUCACCAUAAUGGAACCAAUCAGCAAAAGCCAAGCACACGCUACAAUGACACUAGACAGGGAUGGCAAACAUUUUCUGAAGACCUUCAAUGUUGACUCUGCCUAUCCCCAAGAGUCAAGCCAGGCUGAGGUGUGUGCAGGCGUCUUGGCUGAUGUCAUCCGAUGCGUGCUCAGCGGCAGCGAUGGAUGUGUUCUGGGUUUGGGAUGUGCUGAUGUGGGCUCCUGGUCCAGCAUGGUGGGGAGUGCUGAAAGCAUCCAGAAGCUCGGGCUGAUUCCCUGUGCCAUCUCCUGGCUGUACAGUGCCAUCGAGCGGCGACGAGAGAAGACCUGGACUGAUCUGACUGUAUCGGUGUCUGCUAUAGAACUCUGCUGUGGAGAGGAGGACACCCUGAGGGAUCUGCUAGGAGAAGUUGUCCCCUCAUUAGGGAGUAUACAGAACAGCCCAAAAGCCCAUAUUAAACUUCAAGAGGACCCCAUCUAUGGUGUUCAGCUACGUAACCACAACCGAGUGAAAGCCCCCACUGCUGAGCGGGCUGCUUCCCUUCUGGAUGCAGCCAUUGCAGCACGUCGGCACAGUGACUUCAUUACAUACCUGUCCCACAGCUCUAUAAUGUUCUUCACUCUCCACGUCCAGCCCCCUCGAACAGAAAGCAGCACCAUUGGCAAAGGUUCACGUGGCCCCACUAAGUUGACCAUGAUAGAUGUGUGUAGCGGUAUGAGGGGUAUGAGCAAAAAUAAACCUCCAUAUUCUGAACUGGGUCCUGUUGUUGUAUCUCUACUUAAUGGACAUAAAACCACACCAAGCAAGAGUAGCAAGCUGACUAUGCUCCUUCGAGAUUCCUUGGGCCAUGUAAAUUGCCAUACCACAGUGAUAGCACAGGUUGCUGAUUCACUGGCACACCUUCAAGAGACCUUAUCCACCAUUCAAUUGGCUUCUCGAAUCCGCAGGACACAGAAGAGGACAAAGCAGUCCACCUCAUGUUCUCCGUCCAGGAGGAGUUCGACCAGAGGUCAUGAGAGAGGACCUCAGUCUUUGUCCCUGCGGGCAUUCCACUCCACUGAUGAGGUAGAUGUUGACAUCCCUCGUUUCCGCUUGCGUGGUGAUGAGCGUUCCAGCAGCGACCAGUCCUGUGAUACAGUCAUCCAACUAGACUCUGAUGGCUUGGUCCAGUCCAAAACAACCUCAAGACUGGCACAACCAGAAUUUGUGCCCAUCAUACCCUCUUUGCAUCCGAAUAAGGCUGACAUGGAUGACCCGGAAUUUACUGCCCUGCUUCAAGAGCUUCUGAGAAUUCCUCAGCAGCAGGACGAGAAAAAGAAUGAGGAAACUGUUCAAGGGAAUACUGAAAUACUGAAAGCAGACAUCAAGAAGCCAGUGAGGGACUGUCUUAAAUGUGACACAUUUGCUGAACUUCAAGAGCGUUUGGGCUGUAUUGAUGGAAGUGAGACAACAAUGAAUAUGCUGAAGUCUUCCUCAAAAGGGCCUUCUGCUAACAAUGUCACAACCAAAUCACAGCCCCAGAAAGGAACAGGGAAACAGACAGACACUCAAUCAUCAGAAACAUCACAGAUGUCGUUGAAUAAGGGGUUAGGCUGCAGUCAGACCUCUUCUGGAGAAAAGCAAACAGAAGGUGCCUUCCCUGGAGACAGUUUUCAGAGAGAGGAUUCAGGUCUUUAUGACUGUGAGGAGUGCAGUGCAACCAGUUCCAGUGAGGAACUGCUGAAUCAAACUGUCAAUCUGAACAAGAUAUCUCCCUCAGACCUGCCCAAAAAUGUAACUCUCAAGUCAAAUAAUAAUCUCUCUUCUCAGAACUUUGAUGUGGAUACUCAAGGCAUGGCUGUCACAAGUUCCUUUGCACUUCAGCCUACAGGUAAACAGGAGAGUCCUGCCACUGCUGACUGGUUCAAACCAGACAAAAGGACCUCACCAGUUGGCAAGAGCUCUCCCAUAUCUCCUUCUUCUUCCUGUUCCUCUUCACACCCCUUGGCUACCAGCGUUACACUUGGAGAUGCCUUACCUAAUCGUCCUACCGAGGACAUUAAAGAAAUGACGGCCACUAUCACAGUAACUGUUCAGCAGCCACUGGACCUUAAAGGUCAAGAUGAACUUGUCUUCUCUAUGGUGGAAGAGGUGACCAUUAGUGGAGCAUUAAACCGAGGGCGGACAGGUGGAAACAUUAUUUCUAUUAGAGACACUGCCCAAUCACAUGCACAUGUUCAAGACUCUGCCAGUUCUCAGCCAAUCAGGAUAAUCAGCAACGUCAGCAAUGAAUCUGUAGCUGCAUGUUCCUCAAAUACAAACAAAAGCUCUGUAGUUCAAUCUGUAGCCCCAGGCACUAAAUCUGAAAAGUCCCAUUGUCAAUUCAGGAGGGAGAAGAAGUUCUUACCUUCAUUUAUAAAUCCUAUGCUGAUUCAUACCGAUAUGGAUUGUGAGUUGGAAAAGAAAGAGAAAGACAGCCCUCUUGAUCCUUUUACAGGAGUUAAGUUGCAGUCCAAGCUCAGAGAGAGUAAUGUCAAAUGUCCCGAAGAGAAGAAUACUUAUGAGAAGAGGAGUGGGGCUUUUGCUUCUGAGAUACAUGCCAAAAAGUCUGACAAAAUAUGUGACUCACCUUUUAACCAAACCUCUUAUGAUUCAAUGGUGUUGGGAGAUUCAGCUUACUGCAAUGAAACUGCAGAAAACAAAUUGUGCGGAAAGAGUCCGAGAACCAUAUGCAAAAGCAACCCUAGAGACAAGGAACCUGUUUAUUCCACUAACACUCCAAGGGGCUCACUGGGGGGAGAAAUCUGUUCCAGACGUGUUGGGAAUCACCCCAAGAGAAUUGGCGUUUCACCUGGUUGCCAAGAAACCACCCCUGCUUCUUUUAAAACUGGUAGUUUGCCUAGAGGCUGGCAAAAUGCCAACAACCAGGAUGGCUACCAUGGCGGUUACAUGGCAGACAACCACAGAGACCCAAGGGGGGUGACAUCAUCCACUCCGUGCAGUCCAGAAGUAACUCUGGAGAGGAGGCAGGGCAGACAGCAUCCCCCAGUGAACCAGAGCCUCCAUGUCUCCUCUCCUCACAAACAUGGACUAGAGUAUAAACGGCAAGCGGGUAGUUCUUCCAGAAAAGGUGUUGAGUCUUUGUUUGACGGUCUAAGAAUAAAUAAUAUGAGUGGGGUGCUGAUGUCACCCACUGACAACAGCAGCCGGCUUUUCAGUGCCAAACUGGAGCAGCUGGCUACCAGGACUAAUUCCCUUGGUAGAACCCCAACAGACUUCCCAACUCUGGACAGAGACAGUAGUAACACCUCUAUGAGCUCUAAGGGGAGCUCCAAGGGAAGCACUGAAGGGGCUUGUAAGGGAGGAUAUAAAGGAUGUACUGAGGGAGACUGUACCUUACCAAGGGCCAGCAGGAGCCCCAGAAAGAAUCCUCGGUCCAAACAGAGUCAUCACUUCUUUCCCUCUGAAGACCCUGUAACUCAAACUGAGAGGCAUACCCAUUCCAAGCUCUCUGCUGUGGGGAAACUUAAGAUGGCUAGCCCCAAAGUUCGUCGACUGUCUGCCCCAAGCAUCAAGAACCUCAGUCUCUCCCACAAAGGCCUGCAACAGUCCAUUAACCGCAGUGCCAGUCUCUCCCCAGACAGUAAAACUGUUAGCUUUGAGCGGACAUCAUCCUUUCUCUCCUCUUCCCCUCCACGGUCUUUUCACUCCAUCAGUCGCACUCCGAGCCAGAGCUCCACAUGCUCAUCCACAAAAUCAGCCAUCCAGGGGUUUGUCAAUGGCCGGAUCUCAGAUCUCCUCAAGGAAAAAGCCUCUAGUCCCACUUCAGCAGGGAUGGACCAAAUGACCACACUUCCUUCGCCAUACAGCCGGGUGACUGCUCCCCGCAUGCCUGAUCACAUGAGUGGACAUGGAAGUGACACCACUAGUGUGUUGAGUGGAGAUUUGCCACCAGCUAUGGGGAAGACAUCCCUGUAUUUUUCUAACAGGAACAGUAUGGUGAGCAGUGGAUAUGACAGCAUGGUGAGGGACAGUGAAGCCACAGGUAGCAGCACCUCAAACAGAGAUUCUGUUAGUGACAGGAGUGGCUCUCUUCUUAGUGUGGCUCGCAGCAGCCGAUCAUCUCGGAGGAGAGGCAACACAGGUACUCACCAGCGUCAUCUUUCCCAUGACACACCUCUGCCCCUGAGACGCUCGGCUAGUGGUCUGCGGUCUCGCUGGGUGGAUCAGGGAAUCCCAGAAGCCUACGAGAUCAAGGUCUAUGAGAUCGACAAUGUGCAGAGGAUGCAGAAAAGAGCAGGUGCUGGCAAACAGGGGCCCGCAUGCUUCAGUGCCAAGCUGAAGUUUCUGGAACACCGUCGGCAGAGGAUCUCAGAGGUCCGAGCCAAAUACAACAGCCUGAGGAGAGAUCUGGAACAGGCCAAGCACAACCUCAUGCUGGAGCCCACAAAGUGGAACAAAGAGUUCGACCUGUGGCAGACUUUCGAGGUGGAUUCCCUGGAGCAUCUGGAGGCCCUUGAAGUGGUGACCGCUCGGCUGGAGCACAGGCUCACUCUCUGCCAGGCCAAUGUCAUGAUGGUCACAUGCUUCGACGCCACCGCUAGAAGAAGGCAAAAGAGGCGACAGCGAAAAGUGUCAGAGCAGAGACCCUUGAAGGGAAUCUGAGCAGAAUAUUAUAGUAAAAUUUCGUAAAACAUAGUUAAAUUUGGCUAACAAGGGGAUGCCCGUCUCUUUUCCUCAGACCCUAGGACAUCUGGCUACCUAUCAAUGAAAGUUUUUGGGUAAUAAAUUCAAAAUAUUCCACACACUUUAUGUUUUCAACUACCACCAGGUGCUGCAGAUUGGAGUCUUGUACAAUAACACGGAGGUCAGUGGCCACAGUCAGUGACAGAGCAACAGUCCUACAGCAGAAAUUCUUCAGGCACCUACAAAGGGCUGAUACUUCCCACAAGGCCAGUUGGAACCGUUGUUUUCCAUUGUUCGUCAUUAAUCACACUUCAGACAUGCAGGUUUUUAGCAUCGUAUAUAUAAAAGACUGAAGGCAAGCUGUUGGGCUUUGUGCAGUCUAAUGCUAACGAGACAUUUCACUGUAGCUAAAGGACAGAUACUGUAACCUUUCUUCUUCUGGCAAAGAAUCAGUUGAGUAUUCAGAUCAGAAAAUGUUUGCUUUAAUUUCAGAAAGGUCUCUGCAUUAUUGGUUUGCUGGAAAGGCCUCCAUGCUUCCUGUAGAUUUAAUACAGACACUUGAUAUCGGAUAUACACUAUAAAGACGAAAGUAUUGGGACACCUGACCAUUACAUCAAUAGGGAAUGUAAUGGCAUUACUUUCUAAAUACAUAUACAAAAUACGGUCGGUCUCCCCUUUGUAGCUUUAACAGCUUCCACUCUUCUGAGAAGGAAUUCCAUAGGAUUUUGUGUGUUUCUGUGGGAAUUUCUGCCCAUUCAUGUAGAGCAUUUGUGAGGUCAGGCACUGAUGUUGGACCAAAAGACUGAUGUUGGACCAAAAGGCCUUGGUGUGCUGAGGUAUUAAGAUUUACCUUCACUGGAAGUAAGGAGCUGAGCCCAACCCGUGAAAAAAUAGCCCCACAUCACAUCUGAAUUCAUAAUAACAAGGUGGGUCCCAGUACUUUUGUCUAUAUAGAGUAACUAAAAAUAUAAAAUUUGUGCAGGGAUACUCAUCGAUCACCUUUGUCAGUUUGUUUAUUGUCUGAUUGCACUCUUUUGAUGCAAACUCUAGAGGAUUGGCUGCAUAUCUCAAUGUGUUUUAUCAUGCGUCUUUUGUUAACAGACAACUGAGGUAGCAACAGUAGUCACUUUGUAUUAUUUAGAAGA